AACUUCGCCGUGUUUGAAAAAGUUUGUUUCCAACGGGCGCUUUUUUCGCGUAGUGCGCGCAAAAAUCCAUUAUUUAUCGGUUUUUUACGUUUAUUACAUGGUUUUUCGAGUGCUGUGCAUGUCCAGGUGAAAGAGUAGGAGUCAAUUGUACAGUGUGUAGUGAGUUUUCGCGAGAAUGAGUAGAUUUGAGGUCAGAGUCACUCCGACACGAGUGAAAGUGGCCAGGAAGAGAGAUGAAGCGCGUGAGCCCACCGUGGUCACCAUGGCACCCUUCUCGGCAAAAGCCAUCGUAACAUUUGAGGACAUUCCGGUGGGGAAGGUGGCCAGGCGUGUGUUGCUCGUUGAGAAUCCCACAGCCCUGGAGGGGAAGUUUCUCGUGACAAAGACCUGCAAGCCAGAGUACAACAUUGCCCUCGAGUGGACAUCCUGCAUGAUUGAGGGAUCCAGCAAUAGGACGCUGGAGAUUGUUUGGAAUCCACCAAAAGCCGUGGCUUGUAGGGAAGUCAUUCAGCUCACGGAUAGUCGGGGAUUCCGGAAGGAUGUGGCUGUCAUACUGAAAUCUCUGGAGCCACGAAAGGGUAUAAAGAAACCCCUGAAGGCCCAGAAUGCCGCCGUGCCGAAGAAGACAAAGACCAAGACUCCAACUCCUCCGCGACAGGCCAUCCGGAAGACUGCCUUCACGCCCGAUGUCGUGGUGAAGUACAAAGCAAAGUCACCUCAUCUCCGGAAGAUGAUUUCCCCGCAGAAGAAGAUUCGAUCGGGAGCAAAGAACAAAGAGAAUCAGCAGCCAGUUACCCCGCCCAACACUUCUGGGAUCUUUGAUCAGAUUCACUUCACUCCAGUCACGGAGACAAAGCCAGCUGGGACAAGCUACAUUGAUUAUUUGGCCUCCCUGCCAACCCCUGUGGCAGUUACCGCAACAGCUGGAAAGAGAUUUCUCUGGUCUCCCAGUGAUCAAACUGACCAGGUGGACCAGGUGGUCGUGCAGCCACCACCACCACCAUCACGUGUCCUGCAGCCCAUUGGGGAGGAUUACCCGCGUCUCAGCACGGAAACCUACAUCACGGGCAACAUAAGCCCCAAGGAUUCCUUCGAAGUCUGCCCAGAGAUCCACAAGACGUUCGAUGUGACGAAAAAGAUUGAGGUACCUCCGUGCGGUAGCAAUGAGAAUCUGUCGCGCCAGAUUGACGAGAUUGUCCUCACGCCCCUCCGAAAGAUCAUCACGUCGGAGUCAAUGAAAAACUUGAGUGGGCAACGUGGACAGAGUAAGGAGCAGGAAUUUCUCAAGCUUAAUCAGGGGAGUAUGCCGAAUUUGCAUGAAAUUGAGAAGAUCAAUUCAAUUGAGAGCAAUAGAUACUUCUUUGCUGGCACUGAAAUGCCCCCAAUGGGUGCCCUCGAUGAGAGACCCUCAACGUUUGCCUUUAACGCCAGUGAAAUCCGUGCACAAUCGAGUCGUGUGAAUCUCAAUGAGGAGGAAGAGCCUGAAGUGAGUCCCAUUCCCGGUGCUGUAGCUAAAUCCGUGGAGUUGUUCAAGGUGCCAAUGCUGAAGAGGAACAGAGAUCAGUUGGGCGCUUCGAAUGGUGAGGUACGAAGUUCUUUGAUGACUCUGUCGCCGCCAAAGAAGUAUCGUCCGGAUGAUAUUUGUUCCGCCAGGGCGUCCAGCGCGGACGGUCUUUCCGUGAAGACUUGGUCUCGCUACCAACCGAAGAAAUUAAAGCCACUUACAUUGAUAAAGCCUCCGCGAACCCCGAAAAAGGAGGAAGCAUCGACAACUUCUCUGUACGAUCCGAAGCUCCUGCGAAGUGUGGUGAAUCCCGAUCCAUUUGCCGCCAGUACAACGUGUGAUCCCUUUCUGUCUGCCACGACAUUUCUCGAUGAUGAGGCAGUGGAGAAGCAUGAGAAGCAUUUCAAGAAGUGGCUCAAUGCUCUCGUCACCGUGCCCGAGGAGCUCGAUGGAGCUGAUCAAAAAAUAGACGUUGCACGGCUCUUCAAUGAAGUCAAGAACAAAGAACUAACACUAGCGCCGACAAAGGAGAGUGUCUCGGCAAAGUAUUUCAUUAAGUAUCGUCUUGAGAAUCUCAGGAAGGCUGCUUCGGAGCUAUACCAGAGUGAGGGAAUGCAAAAAGUUCUUUCUUAUGUCACAGUUCUUGUGGAGAAGAAGCAGCUGACAAUUCAACAAAAUCGGGAUUUGCACAGAGAUCUCGCACUACAGCGUCAAAUUCUCGAGCUUAUUUUCUGCUUCAACCCAUUGUGGUUGCGAAUUGGCUUGGAGGUGGUGUUCAAUGAGAAAAUUGAGCUCAAUUCCAAUCGUGACAUUCAUGGGCUCACAAAUUUCAUUCUCAAUCGUUUAUUUCGCAAUAAAGCGCUGGAGAAGAAGGGGAAUCGCAACUACACCCACACAGCGGAGUAUGGGGAGAAAAUUAAGAAGUUCACCCUCAAGCAGAUGCUGCAUUUGAUUUAUCUCCUCGAUAGGGCCAAAGAGUGCCGUAUUAUACGCCACAAUCCAUGCUUGUUCGUCAAGCAGGCACCGUGGAAGGAGAGUGGGGAGGUAAUGAAGCAGCUCACGUCACUUCUUGUGACCAAUGUUGGGGACAUACUGAGGUAUCUCAAGAGAAUUGGCUAUGUUCUUGAGCACAAGCAGACGUACAUUGAUGAAUUCGAUUAUGCCUUUGGGAAUUUAGCUACGGAUCUCAGGGAUGGGAUAAGGUUGACGCGUGUGAUGGAGGUGAUACUAAUGCGUGAGGAUUUGUCCAAGAAUUUACGCUAUCCCGCCAUAUCGUUGCUACAGAAGCGACACAAUGCUGAAUUGGCACUGUCGGCACUCACAGAGGCGGAUUUUGUGAUUGCCGGCAAUAUAACGGGGAAGGAUAUUGCGGAGGGGCACCGGGAGAAGACUCUGUCGCUCCUCUGGCAGAUUAUCUACAAAUUUCGUGCGCCAAAAUUCAAUGCAGCCGCUACGACGAUUCAGCAAUGGUGGCGAAAUUCAUGGCUAAAGGUGGUUAUUGCGCGGAGGAUUGCCUACAGGAAGGAGAUGGUGCGUCAUCAGGCGGCCACGGUGAUUCAGAGUGCAAUCCGGGGGUUUCUCGUGCGUCGAGCCUAUCGGGAAUUCCGGGAGGAGCGUAUUGUGGCAACGGUAAUCAUUCAAACGUACUACAGACGGUAUGCGGCUGAGAAGAAGUACAAAGAAUUGCGCGGGGCUGUGAUUUGUGUCCAACAGUGGUGGCGGUCUGUUCAGGAUGUGCGGAGGGAUCGUGCUAAAUUCCAUGAGACACGUGCAGCCGUCAUCAAAAUCCAAAAUUGGUUUCGACGCGUGCAGACGGCACGAAAGCUCGAAGCUGUCGCCAGAGUGGCUGAUGCGAGGCGGAGAGAGAUAAAAUUGCUCAAUGCGAGUGCCAUUGUUAUUCAGAGGGCUGUUAAGUCCUAUCUCAUCCAUAAGAGACUACGUGACACUGUCGACAAGGUGAUGAAAUUCAAUAGACACCAGAAAUUGGAGAACAAUGCCGCCACAAAGAUUCAAUCAUAUUGGCGAAUGCGCCGAGCUAGACGGAGUUUCCAGACCAUCCUCAUUGCCGCGCUUACAAUUCAGAGAUUCUGGCGAAUGCGAAAAUUAGCUCGCAUGGAGAGGGAAGAUUUCCUCGCCAUUCGAAAGGCUACCAUUGCAGUUCAACGCCAAUGGCGUGCCCAGAUCACGAUGAAGACUGAAAAAAGUAAAUUUAUCAUCCUCAAACAAGCCACAAUUGUCAUUCAGCAACACUUUCGGGCACUCAAAGCCAUGCGAUCUUCCCGAAAAUCCUUCCAGGAGCUCAAAGCUGCCACACUUACCGUCCAGAGGAAAUUUCGUGCAAAUUGUGCCAUGAAGACCACACGAAAAUCCUUCCUUGCCCUCAAGACAGCUACUGUAACCAUCCAGAGACGUUUCAAAGCUAGAAAAUUAAUGCUAAAGCAGCAAUUUGAAUUUAUCUGCCUGCGAGAGUCAACAAUAACAAUCCAGAGAUUCUUCCGUGGGUAUCAAAGCACAAAAAUCCAGAGGAAGGAGUUUGUGGCUCUCAAGGAAGCCACCGUAGUCCUUCAGAGACGUUUCCGUGCAAAUCGCUCAAUGGUGCAGCAUCGAAAUGAUUUUCAGCAGCUAAAGAGUGCUUCCAUCACCAUCCAGAGGCGCUUCAGAGCCACACGUGCCAUGCAAAACAAUCGCAAGGAGUUCCUUCAGAUCAAAAAUGCAGCUCUUGUCAUCCAGAGACACUUCCGGGCGACAAAACUAAUGAAAAUCCAGAGAAUUGAAUUUGUAAGUUAUCAAUACUCAUGCACAGUCAUUCAGCAACAUUUCCGUGGUUGGAGGAUGAUGCGAACAGCCCGGAGGGAGUUUCUGCAGAUCAAAUCAGCAGCUGUUUCCAUCCAGAGAAGAUUCCGUGCCCAGAAAUCCAUGAAAAUGGAUAGAAAGGAGUUUCAGGAGAAGAAGAAAGCAGCUCUGUGCAUUCAGAAUUGGUGGAGAGCUUCAGUGGCCAUGAAAACAUCCCGCAGAGACUUCCUGAAAGUCAAGGAAGUCACAAUAAAAGUCCAGAGGGCGUUCAGAGCGAAGAAAUUAAUGCAAAAACAUCGCAAUGAAUUCCAGUUACUUCUCAAAGCUGCUGUAGUAGUUCAACGGGCGUGGAGAGCAAAGGUGGCUAUGAGAAAAGCUAAUGGAGAUUUUAAACAGCUGAAACAGGCCACGAUAAAUUUGCAGAGAAGAUUCCGAGCGAAGAAAGCAAUGGCUCUGCAGAAGAAGGAGUACGCGGCGUUGAAAUUGGCCAGUGAAAUUAUUCAGCGGAAAUGGAGAGCCACUCUCAUGGCCAGGAAUCAAAGGGAGGAAUUUUUGUGCAUGAAGAAAGCUGCCCUGGUGAUCCAGAAGAGAUUCCGAGCCACAUUGUUGAUGAGAAAAUUCCGGGAAGAUUAUUUAGCGCACAAAAAGGCUUCCCUUAUCAUCACUCAACGUUGGAGAGCAACAUUGAUGAUGAGAAGAGAAAGGAAGACUUACAUUGAAGUCCGGCAGAAGAUCGUAAACCUCCAAAUGCGCUGGAGGGCAACUCUUCAGAUGAAAGCCGAAAGGAGAAACUUUGAAAUCCUUAAGAAGGCCACCCUCGUCAUUCAGAGACGCUUCCGUGCCAAGAAAGCCAAGAGAAUUGCCCGGAUUGCUUAUAUUGAGCUUCAGUAUGCAACAAUUAUUAUCCAGAGACGUUUUCGUGCACUAAAAAUGAUGAAGAAAGCCCAACAAGACUUCCGGCAACUCUCACAAGCUACAAUUCUCAUCCAGAAACGAUUCCGUGAGAGGAAACUCACGCAUCUUCAGAGAAAAUCUUUCUUGGAAAAGAAAUCCGCAGCAACUGUCAUUCAAAAGCAUUUCCGGAGCUUUCUUCUAAUGCGUCGGCAGCGGGAGGAAUACCACAAGAUCCACAAUGCCAUUGUGACUGUUCAAAGGAUAUAUCGAGCACGAUUGGAGAUGCGAAAGAUUCGCUGUCAGUACCUUCUUAUUAAAUCCCUAAUUGUUUGCCUUCAGCGGAAAUUCCGCGCGAAAAUGGCCAUGAAACACACGAGGGAGGUAUUCUUGCAGCUCAAGAAUGUCACAAUCUCCGUUCAAAGGAGAUUCCGUGAGAAAAUGAAAACUAGGCAACUCAGGGAGGAGUUUGAAGUGGCCAAGAGGAGUAUUGUGAAGAUUCAAGCCCUAGCCAGGGGUUAUCUGUCUAGGAAACGCUUUGAAGCAAUGAUGACACCGGAAGCUGUGGAGAUGAGACGUAGAAUUAAGGCAGCUAAAACCAUUCAAUCCGUCUGGCGGGGCUAUGUUACGAGGAAGAAGAAACAAACGCGUAGCAUGAGGGAAAUUGCCGAAAAGAUCGUUAAUACACGCAAAACGGCCAAGUCAGCGGAUACGGUGAGGCAACACUUAAAGAAAGCCAUGCUAGUGCUCAAAGGAAGAUUCGGUGUGCACGAAAUAAGUCGAAUGCUCGAGAAAAUGGAGAAUCUCUCACGAACUGUCCCACAUAUUUUAAUACCUGAUGCCCCAUUUGUGGCGCGUUUCUGUUGUUCUGUGAUGGCCGACGCCAUUAGGUCUGAACCCCAUAAACUAAUCAUUGAGAGCUGUGCCCGCGUAAUGUUGAAUCUCGCUCGCUACGAGCACACAGUUGAGCUCGUCUUCCUCCCGGAUGCCUUCACAAUCAUUGCCCAGAUGCUACUGCGGUGGUGUGAUAAGAAAUGUGAGAUUUUCAACACACUCUGCACGCUAAUUUGGGUAUUUAUUCAGGAUCCAAAGAAAAAUCAGAAAAUCCGGGAGUUUAUGGUGACGCGAGAUGCUGUCUUUAUGCUGCGUGAGAUUAGGAAAUUGGUGCUGCGGAAGGAGAACAUGAAGAGGAAUACGCAACGUGGUCUGGAUUUAAUGCAGCAAAUAAGUGGGCAGUCCCUGCGAAAAUUGCCCACGCUAAAGCCGGAUUAUGGUGUUAUCCGGAAUCAAAUUUACGUAUUCAAUUGCUCCGUUUUUGCCUUUGAUACAAUUCUCAGUAAGAUGCAAAUUAAUCUCGCGCCAUAAAUAGAGGAAAAGGGGCAGCAGCAUGGGGAGAGAAUUUUCGAUACAAAUAAUCCAUUAAUUAUAAUAUUUUUGUGAAAUCAUGAAAAUUACUAAAAGACAAUAACUUUAUUGAAUUAUUUUCUUUGCAGUAUGAUCUUUAAUUAUAUUAUCUCACCUUCUCUUUGUAAUCUAAAUAUAUAUUAUAUUAACAUUAGGAUUAGAUGGUUAUUAAAUAAAUUUUCAUGUUUUUUUGUAA